AUCCAGUUAUUUGUUACGUGGCCAGGAUUCACUAUCUUCCGUUUCCAUGGCCACUUCCAUUCUCUCCCACGCAUUUCCUACAACUUGCACCACUUUCCGGCGACCAGUCUCCGCCGUCAACAUCCACCACAACCCUCCACUUCUUCUCCAGCCACUACAGAGACACCGUAAAAAAAAUCACAUUAAAUGGGCCAUUAAGCUGAGCUUAGUAGAGCAGAGUACACAAAAAUCGAGUUUUGAUUUGCAGCAACUUGUUGCGUUUCUUUACGACGAUCUUCCUCACCUCUUUGAUGAUAAGGGUAUUGAUAAAAGUGCUUAUGAUGAACGUGUCUUCUUUCGUGACCCAAUUACUAAGCAUGAUGAUUUGAGUGGUUAUCUUUUCAACAUUGCUCUUCUUAAAACAAUCUUCAGGCCUCAGUUUCAGUUGCAUUGGGUUAAACCGACAGGACCUUAUGAAAUAACUACAAGAUGGACCAUGGUUAUGAAAUUCAUGCUACUUCCAUGGAAACCAGAAUUGGUGUUUACAGGAACAUCUGUUAUGGGUGUUAACCCAGAAAAUGGCAAGUUUUGUAGCCAUGUGGACUUUUGGGAUUCACUAAAGAAAAAUGACUAUUUUUCGUUUGAAGGUUUAUUGGAAGUAUUAAAACAGUUGAGGAUUUACAAGACACCAGAUUUGGAAUCACCCAAAUAUCAAAUAUUAAAACGGACAGCAAAUUAUGAGGUUAGACAGUAUGAUCCAUUCGUAGUAGUAGAAACAAAUGGAGACAAGCUAUCUGGGAAUACCGGCUUUAAUGAUGUUGCUGGGUAUAUAUUUGGAAAGAAUUCCACAACAGAGAAGAUACCGAUGACUACUCCUGUAUUCACUCAAGCCAUUGAUGUUGACUUGUCCAAAGUCUCAAUCCAAAUAGUUCUUCCAUCAGACAAAGAAACAAAGAGUUUACCAAAUCCUAAUCAAGAAACGGUUAGCUUGAGAAAGGUAGAAGGAGGCAUUGCUGCAGUAAUAAAGUUUAGUGGAAAACCCAUGGAGGAUAUUGUUCGCGAAAAGGAGAAAAUUUUGCGAUCCAAUAUCAUUAAAGAUGGUCUUAAACCUCAGCCCGGUUGUUUGCUUGCCCGUUACAAUGAUCCAGGUCGAACAUGGUCCUUCAUAAUGAGGAAUGAAGUGCUCAUUUGGUUAGAUGACUUCUCAUUGGAUUAGCAUUAACAAUGAAGUACUCAUGGCUGCUUUUUUUCAACACUCCAGUCAGUAAAAAAUUCCAUCUUAAAAGUCAUUUUCCCACACACCAAGUUUUUCCAUAUUGAUGUCAUUCUCUGUUGUCUGACUGAUGAUAUCAAAUGUAAUAUUACAAAUUAUGUUCAGAUACACGGAGUGAUGUUUGGAGCCAAAAAUAGUAGGCAUGUAAAAAGACAUUGGCAAAUAAGGUGCAUGGUCAUUAGGUGCUACUCAUCAAAUUGUAAAAAAAAAUAAUAGUGUACAGUAGGCUUUCACUUUUUCUUUGGCA